AUGAAAGACAAAGUGUUCCAUGAUAGCUCACAAAGUGAUGAAAAUAACGAAGUCAGCAACAGAGGUUCUUCAUCAACAGUUCCUCCUUUUAUCCCAGCUGGUAAGUCUCGCAAGACGCAUCUUCCUGAUUAGUUGCAAAAAAAAAAUUAUAGCAACUGAUCAGGUAGGUAAAACAAGCAUGAUCAUUGCUUAAAGUAAUAAAAACUUUAUGUGGUGACCUGUUGCUUUGAUUUGUUUUUUCCUUUGAGAAAAAAAACCUUGCUUCUUCACAACUCAAUGGAGACUAGUAACAGUUAGAAGACAGUGUCUAUUAAGCUUCAAUGCUUGUGAAAUAAUAUAUUUAAACCGUUUUUUCAUAAUUAAAUUGUAAUCUACAGUAAUGUAUAAUCUGAACACUAACAAUUUAAUUGUCUACACUGUAUUAGACUUGAAAUUGUUUGACAAGGAGUUUCGAUCAACACAGCUGGUCUUCAGUUAUCAAGGUGGAAAAAAGGUUAGUGAGUUUUACCCCCCAUAUGGUUUUCUUUAACUGUUUACUGUUAUAUUUAUUAUACCAAUCCACUAAACAUGUGAUGUCAAUGGAGAGGAAGGGUCUUACAGUGUAUGUGGAAUAAGGCCCUAAGUGAUUGCUGAUCUAAUAUCGGCAACAAAAUUGUUGGGACAUCAGUGUACUCAAACAGGGUAACUAAAGAGAACAAAAGAAUCCGCAACUAUUUUGUUUUCUGUCUUUUUUACUUUGUUCCUUGUUUCGAUAAAGGAAAGAAUAAGAAAUUUUGUGGGACACGUCACAUUGCAUGAUGUCAAGGCAUGUUAAGUGUGACAUGAAACUGUCAUGUCGCACUGAAAAUAAUGAAAUAGCCAUAUUCUAAUAAUGUUUUGAAAUGGGCAUGAUUACGUCAAUCAUAACUAAAAAAAGUGCCACCAAGGGUUUUAUAUCCCAGCGAUAAUAAAUGAGUUGAAUUAGUUUUCUUUAGCAUGUAUGGUCACUUUGCAAUUCAGACAAUUAGUGACAAAAUUGUUGAGACAUGUACUCAAAUAGGGUAACUACAGAGAACAAAAGAAUCCACACCCCUGUCCCCUCCCCUUCAUUCAAAGUUGGGGUGUUUGUUGUUUUCUAUAGGUAGCUUGAACAGCAGCACAGUGUUGCAUGGAGGGGAUGGGAGAGGAAAAGCUGUAUUUUCCCCUCUGGAAGUCAGUAAAGCAUCAGAAAGCCCCUUAGAGCGAACUGUCAGAACUAAUUUUGUCACUGAUUGUAGCAUCACAUUCUUUCUUUUCUACAUUGUAUAUGCUUCAUAAGCACAUAUGAUGCAGAUUGGUAGGGGAAGUUACCAGUUACUCAGUUCUAAAAGUUACUUUGAGCUUUGUUCCAAGCACUCCGUCAAUUAUGCGUUUAACCUUACUGACUUGUUGUAAUCAAUGAGCUUGAGAGUUGACGGUGUGUUAGAAGGUCAAUGAAGGUCCUUAGCCAUUGGGGCACAGCGAGUGCUGUUAACCUUGAAAACUACAGUGAUUGGGAACCAUUGUGGUAUGCAAGCAGCUAUUAAAUGACAGUAACACAAAAAUGAUUUUAAUGGAAAAUACUAACUAUGAGUACCUUACUGAUAUGUUGAUAAUAAUUCACAGUAUAAUGGAGCAAGAAAAGCUAAAAGGUGAAAGGAGGGGCAGUAGUCCAUAGCCUGCUAUAAUUUGGGUAAUAUAGAAAAGCUAGUGAUCUACAAAUCCACCUUUUAUGUUGCUAGUACAUGUGGUAAAAGAUUCUUCAUGCUGGUCUAACUGUGCAAUAUGGGCUGGUACCCUAGUUAGCUUCUGACAGUCUUCAGGCACCUGAAACUAAAUUGCAUUUCAUUUGCCUUAGGUUCCAAAGCUCAGGGAGCCCAGGAAUUUGUAUGCAUUCUGCAAGGAAAAGGGGCUACAAUCUUCACCAAGAUGGUAAGAUAAAUUCAAAAAUGUUUGCAAGAAGAAAAGUUUUAAAAGCAAUCUUCAUUGACUCAGGCCAUACUAUUUACUAUAUGUACAUGGAUACCCGUACGAUACAGAAGACGUUAAAACAGCGCUGCUUUAGCGACUUAUUAGCGCUGCAACGAGCGCUGCAGAAAGGUUGCACGAACGCUGUUUUCCGUUCGCUGCAGCAGUGCAUUUUUGUGACUGCGUUAACGCUGCGGUAGCGACACUGAGAGCUGCAGGAGCGCUGCCGUAAAGAUGCAAAAAAAUAGCCACAUGAGGCCAUACGGUCGAUAAACAGCUUUUAUGCAGCGCUGUGCAGCGUUAGUGAAGCGCUGCAAAGAACAGUUGUACAGAAAAAAGAAAUGCAGACUUCAACAAUACAAUAAUCAUGAGACAUGGUAAAAGGAAUUGACAAGAGGCCUUAUAGUAGCGGAGUAAAAACCACAAGAAAGACAAAAUGCAACUGAUACUUUAUUAGUAUCCACGCGUACACGUUACAAAAGCAGGUGACAUAUAAAAAAUCUACAACAGUCUCGCUUUGUAAAUAUUCAGCAAU